CCCUUCACUCAAGAUGGCCCUCGCCAACCUGUCACCACCGAUGUCCGUCCGUUUUGACGAUGAAAUCUCCCUCCUGCAGGCCAUGUACCCAGAUACUGUGGUGUUCAAUCCACAAAGUCGGGAAUUGCACUACACAUCAGCCGCGACUCCCAGCGCAAACAUCACGUUCAGACUACCCGAGGGAUAUCCAGAGCGUGGACUUCCGGACAUCAUUUCAGCGCGCGACGGAGCGAAAACCGAUGUCCGCGACAGGACGAAGCACGCUGUGGACGCUGACAGGCUCGAGGAGGGUGUGGAGGUUCUCGACCAGUUGAUUACUAUCUUUGAGCAUCUCGUCGGUGAGAUUCAUGCUCAAAUCAUCGAGGCACAGGCAAGUGAUCGUGAGUCCACUUCAGCCGCAGCACCGUCCAGAUCGACUGGGCCGAAGAACAAGACGGUGAUAAUAUGGCUGCAUCACUUACUUAAUACGUCGAAAAGGAAACUGGCGAUAACACCGUCGGUCACUCCCAGCUCUACAACGCCGAACAAGAAAGGUGCCAGUGUGGCUACCAUUGUCAGUGGUAUAUCUGGAAUCACAAAACCAGGAUAUCCAGGGGUAAUGAUCUUCUCCGGCCCAAAGGACCUGGUGGACUCGCAUGUCCGGGAACUGAGAUCGCAGAAUUGGCAGGCUUUCCAGGUACGGUGGGAUUCCGAGGAUGAUGGCACCAGCCACGGAGGACAAGGCCAGGGGGCCCUUGGGGAUGAAUUCGACUUCACACAGGGCAAGGGCAAGAUCGUCGAGGUCGAGAGCAUGGCGGAGGUCGUCAAAGGGCUCGUGAGGGAGAAGGAUAGGGAGGUCUUUUUGAGAGCGGUAGGUGUCAAGUGAGGAUGGACAUGCAAUCGUGAAGUGAUCGAGGAGGACAUCAAGACGAUUUGCCUCAUUGGGGUGUGAUUCGCCAGCCAUACUACCACUUGGUCAUUGGAGGCUUUUUCACCCAGGAGGUCAAUUGACCACCCAGCCUACCGGCCAAAAAAAGAGCCUCCUUCACGAAGAGGUCAAAUGGACCACCUAGACUACCGGCAAAAAAAAAAGAGCCUCCUGGCCUACCGUCAAAUAAAAGAGCCUCUUUUCACAGGAGGUCAAAUGGCCUCAUGGACUACCGGCAAAAAAAAGAGCCUCCUUUCGCAGGAGGUCAAGUGUAUUACCAGACUACUGCCAGGACGCUCGAGGCUCUUCCUCCUAGGGGGAUUAAUGGACCUUUGAUGGUUCGUCUUUCAAGUCUCGAGACACUGUCGGUACGACUCUGAAGCACGUUAAGAAUUAUGGUAUAGCUCUUCAACGAUGAAUGUGCUUCUUAGGAAAACGAAAGAUCCAAGGA